CCCUUUAAACGUAACCCCCCCAAUUUGUCUUUGUUUGGAUUGAUUAUUUAUCAUCUAAAACAGGGGUCCCCAAACCUUUUCCUGUGAGGGCCACAUAACUUUUGCCUUCUCUGAUGAGGGGCCGGGUCAGUUUGUAACAGAAAAAGUAACGAUUGCAGGAGUGCCUAAAUGUAAAAAUGUAUUGUUUUUCAGAAAGCCACAAUCAAAUAACCCAUUCUGGAUUCUUCAUGGAACAAAAGUAAAUAAAAUGAAAAUAAUAAUAUAAUAUAAUAAAUAAUAAUAACACUAUUAAUUAAAUAGAUAAUAACCAAAUAACCUUCUCUGGGUUCUUCACAGAAAAAAAGCCAGGAAAUAAAUAACACUAUUGAAAAAAAACAAAAAAACUCAAAAAUACUCUCUGGUAUUGUUGAAGGGGCCGGACCAAAUGUGGAGGUGGGCCGUAUCCGGCCCGCGGGCCUUAGUUUGGGGACCCCUGAUCUAAAAUGUCGGGGAAAAUGCAACAACGGCAAAAAAAUAAAUACAAUUAAGCAAUAGUUAUGAGGUAGAUAUUUGUGACUUAUUUACAGACACCAUGUUUUUCAUUGUGACGUCAUUUGUUUAAAAGUUAAAAGAAUAAUUUUUUAAAGUCGUUUUUUUUUUUUUUUUCCCCCAAACGAAAUAAGGAGACCUAAUAAAAAUUAAAUCCAUUAAGUCCAUUUUGCCACAUGGCAAAAAAAAAUACCACAUGGCAAAAUCCACUUUGUCACAUGGCAAAAAAAUGCCACAUGGCAAAAAAAAAAAACACAUGGCAAAGUCCAUUUUGCCACAUGGCAAAAAAAAGCCACAUAGCAAAAUCAAUUUUGCCACAUGACAAAUACCACUUUUGGUUCUUGGCCCUGCUGACAAAAGUCCGUUAUCUUAAAUGCUAUGAAUGCUAACGAAAUUGCUCACACUUAACGCCACAAACUGUAGCUGUAAACUUAAUUACAAAUGCAUUCACAAACAUAUAUUAGCUGAAACAACUUACAGCCUUCUGUGGGCCAAAGCAGAGCGCAGCUAUCCAUCAUCCAGUCAGACUUCCGAGUCCGCCUUUCAGUCAUAUAAGGCGGCAGUCCAGCCAGACCUAAUGCUGCCACCAGAAGGCAGUGUAUCCUCCAUCAUUAAACAUUGUUAUUUUAGGGUUCUGAAAGGGUUCAUUCCGACUGAUGCGGAAAUUCGGGUUAAGUCACCAGCGAAGGAAAGUAAAUCCGGAAAAGGGAAGAUGACUGCAAACGCUGAAGUUGCUGUAAGGGCUAUGAUGACGAUCAGGUGUGCAGAACAGCUUCUGACUCGAAACACACGAACAAGAUGGGGGGAGCGGUGGUGGACGAUGGACCGAGCGGGAUCAAGGCCCCGGACGGAGGCUGGGGCUGGGCCGUCUUAGUCGGCUGCUUUGUCAUCACCGGAUUCUCCUACGCCUUCCCCAAGGCGGUCAGCGUCUUCUUCAAGGAGUUAAUCAAAGAAUUUCACGUGGGCUACAGUGACACCGCCUGGAUAUCUUCCAUAUUGCUCGCUAUGCUCUACGGCACAGGUCCUCUGUGCAGCGUGUUGGUGAACAAGUUUGGCUGUCGACCGGUGAUGAUGGUGGGCGGACUCUUUGCCUCACUGGGAAUGAUUCUGGCUUCUUUUGCAACCAGCAUCAUACACAUCUACCUUUGCACCGGUGUCAUUACAGGUCUUGGCCUGGCAUUGAAUUUCCAGCCUUCCCUGAUAAUGCUCAAUCGCUAUUUCAGCGAGAAGCGACCUUUGGCCAACGGUCUGGCGGCCGCCGGCAGCCCCGUGGCUCUAUGCUGCCUUUCCCCACUGGGACAGGUUCUCCAGUACCAGUACGGCUGGAGGGGAGGUUUCCUCAUCCUGGGGGGGAUGCUGCUCAACUGCUGUGCCUGCGGUGCUCUGAUGAGGCCCCUGUUGCCACCAAAGAAACAUCAAGAGUUUGAGGAUGGCAGUCUUGUAGCCACAGAGGAGAAGAAACUCAAGCCAAAGAGAAAACUGCUGGACUUCAGCGUGUUCAGGGAUAAAGGAUUUGUCAUCUAUACCGUGGCGGCCUCCAUCAUGGUGCUGGGCUUGUUCGUCCCACCCGUGUUCGUGGUCAACUACGCUAAAGGCCUCGGCUACGAGGACACUUAUUCGGCGCUGUUGCUGACCAUUUUGGGAUUUGUAGAUAUGUUCGCUCGCCCUCUGUGCGGAAUCAUCGCGGGGCUGAAGUGGGUCCGACCAAGGUGUGUCUACUUCUUCAGUUUUGCCAUGCUCUUCAACGGCGUCACCGAUCUCAUCGGGUCUCAGGCCGACAAUUACGGAGGUCUGGUUGGCUUCUGUAUCUUCUUUGGGUUGACAUACGGCAUGGUGGGAGCCCUACAGUUUGAAGUCCUUAUGGCUAUCGUGGGAACGGACAAGUUCCCCAGUGCCAUUGGCCUCGUGCUAUUGAUGGAAGCUAUAGCUGUAUUGGUGGGACCUCCUGGAGCAGGUCGCCUCUUGGACGCCACUCACAAGUACAUGUACGUCUUCUUGCUGGCCGGCUGUGAGGUCACGUUGUCGGCCAUUGUGAUUGCCGCGGGGAACUUCCUGUGCAUCAAAAAGAAACAGGAAGAGCCGGAGGCCAGGCUGGAAAUGGCCGCGGCAGGCAUUAAGAAGGGGAGCCUCCGUAACGAGACAAGGAACCUCGAAGAGGACGAAAGGGGAAAUUACAACGCCGAUUUGCAUCAACGGGGCGACGGCGAGUCCAGGGAAGAUGGACUGGAGAAUACUAAAGGAUGAAUGAUUAGAAAGAUGGAAGAAGUAUCAUGAGGACCAAGUACUAUAGUCAUGCACUUGGUUAAAAUGCAUUAUUGGAUAAGCAGUAGAGAAGUAAAUGCCGUUAAUCUCAGUACUGUAAUUGUGAACUUAAAAGUUAGCUUGCUACUGCCGCCUCAUGAACAUUUCAUGAGCUCUAACAUGGGCAUUUCAUUGAUGAGUCUCCCUUUCAAGGACCCAGUUACACUUCAGUUAUUCAUGAUAUGGCCCAAAUAUUUCAAUAGACGUUAAAGAAAUAAGUAUUUCGAACACUGGUUUAGUCUAGAUUUUCAUAUUUUAAUUGUCAGCCCGGUAAACGUUAUUUUCUGUGUCUAUGACGGAUGUCCUGCCCUGCCUCCAGCAAUCAGAGAUUAGCUUUACACUGCUGGUCAUAAGUAUUGGCAACCCUGCAAUUCUGUCAGACAAUGCUCAAUUUCUCCCAGAAAAGGAUUGCAAUUACAAAUGCUUUGGGGGUAAUAUCUUCAUUUAUCUCGCUUGCAAUAAAAACACAAAAGAGAAUGAAAAAAAAUUGCAAAUCAUUCAGAGGUUGCGCUAGACAUUUUCGUUGUCUGUCAUUUUGACUGACAGGGUCAUAAAAAUCCGGUCAUAAUCUAUUAUUACCAGUCACUUAAAUUUUUAAAAUGAUAAUGAUGACAUAUUCAAUAGUAUUUAGUUUUCAUUCAAUUAAUAUUGUAACGCUUGCUUGGCGGCGAAAAAUUAGACACGGAAGUCGUGGUAUUUUUCACCCUCUUUUUACUCUGCUUACCGCCAACACCACCAACAAAACAACAACUCCACCCCCAAAGAAAAAGAGGCAACUAUAUAGACCCCAAUCAUCAACGUCACACAAUGAUCUUAAUUGUGGUUGUCACCCCAAAAUCUUCUAAAUAUAUAUUAAAUGCAUCUUACCAGAUAUAAAAUGACUACUACAUAGUCUGUGGUGAUCGUUUGGUGCCCAGAUUUCUUGUCGAAUUACAGCAGUCCAUCUCGCUCUCCUCUUCGGGUCUCUCAGAAUACGGUAGAACUUCAAGUCUCUCCGUCUAUCUUCUCUGUUACUGCAACCAACCGCCACACACGCCUUCACCAUUUUGAUUAUUAAUGUUAACGAGCAGAAAAACACGCCGUAAUUGGAGGCAUGUACGUAGCAGUAAUAUGUAAACAUGACGAGCUGACGGAAAAUCUGGCGGCUCCAGUCAGGGGGGCGGAGUUGUGACGUCAUGUGAUUGGGGUCUAUACACAGGCGGCAAUCUAGUCCACCAAUUGGAUGACGCGCUGGCACACCGGGUGCACCAAUAAGAACCUCGCGUUGAUGUGUCAAUCACGGUGCCGCUGCCAGACCCCGGUGACGCUACAAUAUUCUGACAGAAUAGCCAACGACGUCAUGCAUUAAGAGAGACAAUAGCUAAUUAAUAUGCUCACUCGCCACCCUGUGGUCUGGGGUGUGAAUUGCAACCUGUCCAAAUGACGGAUGGACUUCAGUUUUUUCCGUUACCCUUUUAAAAAACUGGUCAACGACGGAAAAUAUUCGGUUAACGCGACCCCUGAAAUCAUUAUAAUAUUACACAAAACUCCAAAAAUGGGCUGGACAAAAGUAUUGGCACCUUCAGCCUAAUACUUGGUAGCACUUUUAGACAAAAUAACUGCGAACAACCGCUUCAGGUAUCUAUCAACGAGUUUCUUACAAUACUCUGCUGGAAUUUUAGACCAUUCUUCUUUAGCCAACUGCUCCAGGUCUCUGAAAUUUGAAGGGUGCCUUCUCCAAACUGCCAUUUUCCGAUCUUUCCACAGGUGUUCUAUGGGAUUCAGGUCUGGACUCAUUGGUGGUCACUUUAGAAGUCCCAAGUCCUUUUUCUCAAACCAUUUUCUAGUGCUUAUUGAAGGUUGUUUUGGGUCUUUGUCCUGCUGGAAGAUCCUUGACCUCUGAGGGAGACCCAGCUUUCUCACACUGGGCCCUACAUUAUGCUGCAAAAUUUGUUGGUAGUCUUCAGACUUCAUUAUGCCAUGCACACGGUCAAGCAGUCCAGUGCCAGAGGAAGCAAAGCAACCCCAAAACAUCAGGGAACCUCCGCCAUGUUUGACUGUGGGGACAGUGUUCUUUUCUUUAAAGGCCUCAGUUUUUUCCCCUGUAAACUCUAUGUUGAUGCAGUUUCCCAAAAAGCUCUACUUUUGUCUCAUCUGACCAGAGAACAUUCUUCAAAAACGUUUUUGGCUUUCUCAGGUAACUUUUGGCAAACUCCAGCCCGGCUUUUUUAUGUCUCUGGGUAAGAAGUGGGUCUUCCUGGGUAUUUAGUGCCUUUUCAUUCAGACGUCGACUGAUACUACGGGUUGACACUGUUGUACCCUCGGAGUGCAGGACAGCUUGAACUUGUUUGGAUGUUAGUCGAGGUUCUUUAUCCACCAUCCGCACAAUCUUUCGUUGAAAUCUCGUCAAUUUUUCUUUUCCAUCCACAGCUAGGGAGGUUAGCCACAGUGCUAUGGGCUUUACACUUAUUGAUGACCCUGCGCAAGGUAAAGACAGGAACAUUCAGGUCUUUGGAGAUGGACUUGUAGCCUUGAGAUUACCCAUGCUUUCUCAGAAUUUUGCUUCUCAAGUCCUCAGACAGUUCUUUGGUCUUCUUUCUUUUCUCCAUGCUCAAUGUGGUACACACAAGGACACAGGACAGAGGUUGAGUCAACUAAUCAAUUUUAACUGGCUGAAAGUGUGAUUUAGUUAUUGCCACCACCUGUUAGGUACCACAAGUAAGUAACAGGUGCUGUUAAUAACACAAAGAGGCAUCACAUGAUUUUUCAAAGGGUGGUUUACUUUUGUCCGGCCCAUUUUUGGAGUUUUGUGUAAAAUGAUAAUGAUGUAACUAUUUUUCCAUUCUCUUUUGUGUUUUUUCAUCGCAAGCAAAAUAAAUGAAGAUAUUACUACCAAAGGAUUUGUAACUGCUAUCAUGUUGUGGGAGAAAUUGAGCAUUAUCUGACAGAAUUGCAGGGGUGCCGAUACUUUUGGGCAGCAGUGUAUGUCUGAACGAUCGCUUCCAGCCCCUCCUAGUUGCUAUCAAUUGCCGCUUUCUCACUGUAGGGACUAUCCAUAGUUCCUAGAACAUCUUGGGGACGAUGAUGUGUUCGCAUAUGUAGGAGCUAGGAACCAGAAACUCGAGUUCCGAGAAUCAUUUUUGAAACUUUCAGUGUGGCUGUAGCAGUGUUGUUUUUGUCAACAAUGAUGAUAACGAAAAUAUUUCGACAAUGAAUAAUUUUUUCAUGACGAUGAGCUAAAAACGUGUCUUGGGAGGCUAAAACAUAACUAGACGAAUGCCAGUUUUCUUCUGACGAGGCAAGAACAAAUAAAAAAUUCGCCACAGUUUCCGUCAUAAGUUCACAAUGUAUGACAUUUUCUUAUCAUAUGUGUUGUUAGCACGCAUCGUAGCAGUGUUCAGUUGUGUGCUAAGCACACACACGUGUCCACUCCAGGCUCCUUUUGUGAAACUUGUCAGGUGUUGCUUGUUUUGUUUUCUCAUCUCUGCUAGCUAUGCAAAGCUGCUUUAGCAGCCUUAAAAGAUCUGUGCUGUGAUUAUCACACACGAAAUGUAACGUAGCGUUCGCAAAGCGUUCACGUUAGCAUUAGCAUUUAGCGUGGUGCAAAACUACCUUGUACUAAAUCUGUGCGCUCUUUUGCUCUCAUCGUUAGAGGUUGGAUUUGCUCGUCGAUGGAAUCUAUUCCCGUCAAAUAUGCAAGAAUGUCGACGUUACGUUUAGCUUAGUUUUAUUUUGCCAGAGGUUGGUGUGGCAAGUAAAUAAUGCAGAAUACAAUGUAAUAGUUCGUAUCAGGCGCAGUACCCAUUACUGCCUGAUGAAGUGUCACUAACGCGUUAUUGUAAUCUGAUAACUUUCUUUCAGUAACCAGUUAUCUAACGCAUUCAUUUUCCAAACCAGUAAUCUGAUUAGUUCCCUUAGGCUACGUUCAUACUACAGGUCUUAAUGCACAAAUCCGAUUUUUUGUCAUCUGUUUUUUUGGCAUGCCCGUUCAGACUGCCUUUGUCCAGUGAGACCAUUCAAGUAUUACGCAUGCUCACUAAUUCGCAGUCCGACACGCGAUGAGCAAGACGACCCGCAUGCGCAGAAGCAUCAAAACAAAUGACACACGUCAUCUGUCAUUCCAGGGAUAUCAUAUUUUGCUUUUCAAAAGGAGGACACAAGUAACAGACAUAAAUAAUCCCCGUUUAGGCUUAUAUUCAAAGUUUAUAUGGAUCGAUAGCAUGCACGCACGGUCAGUGCACGUCACGCACACAUACGGGCAGUUUGCCCCGACUCUCGGCCGUGUAGGCUAUGUUGAAAUAUUGCUCACUUGGAGCAGAGAGGAAAACUGAGCAUUCUCAUGCUUAUCCUCAACCCAUUUUAUUUUUUAUGACUGUUGUCAAGCCCAUCCCUUCCCCAUAAGCCGUGUUCACUGCAAGCUAGGCGCUAAUAACGCACAGCGGCACCGCUAGGGUAAGCGUCUCUCUCGCUAUUUGAUGACGUAAUUGCUGCAUGAAAUCCGAUUUGGGAGAGUGGACAGUACAGACCGCCGUGACAGUCUGGAAAAAUGUGGCCCAGAUCGGAUUUGAAGCACAUACGAAAGUGACCCAGACGGAUUUGAAAUGGUCCAGUUCUAUGCUACUUGUCACGUUCAGACCGUCAAGUUAAUGCCUCACUCGAGUCGGAAAAAGACGAAAAAAUCGGAUUCGUGCAUUGAGACCUGUAGUAUGAACGUAGCCUUAGUGUCUGUGCAUUACUAUUUUGUUAUUGCCUCAUAAUGUAUGUAGAAUGAAGAAUACUGUAUUGUAGUCAUGUAAGAAGAGCAUUUUGAAUGGAAAAUGUUCAAAAGGUUCCCACUACGCGUUCGUUUCCAUGGUAACCGCUCAUAGUUCCUUCAUGUUUUGCUCGAGUCACACGCACCAAGUGUUUUGGGACUUGCCUCAUAACGGAUGUAGAAUGAAGAAUAAUGUAGUCAUGUACGAAGAGCAUUUUGAAUAGAAAAUGUUUGAAAGGUUCCCACUACGCAUUUGUUUCCAUGGUAACCACUCAUAGUUACUUCAUGUUUUGUUCGAGUCACACGUAUGAAGUGUUUUGGGACUGGGAAAGGCGUGAGGAAUGUUGGUUUGUGUGCGUCCUUGAAUGAACAUAUUUUUUCAUUCAUUCUGGCGGGUUCCAGCAAUAGGUUGGAGCUGCUACAUGCGGGGCCGUUUCGUAGCUUUGAUGUUGCAACGGCAGGUUGUCGGCGAGCAUUGUUUACAUCAUAUUCGUGUUGCCCAUUUGCGCCAUGAGGUGACGUUGCACAUCUUUGGAAUGUGUUGUACGUCGGAUUGACUGGAAAGUGUAGUUGCCGCCACGUUUUGUGGCCAAAUAGCGUGUGUGCACGACGUAGUUCCAUAAGGCUUAAUCUGGAGUUAGCGGGGGAGUCUUAAUUAGUCGGUGGAGCUGAUUUUAACAAAAUUCAAUGCAGUUUGUCAGUUACAGUAUUUACAGGAAUUAAGUACUCAGGUUCCUACUGUGCGAAAGCGGCUAACAGGUGUUUUUUUUCAAGUGAAUAUAUAAAGACAACAAACAUUUCCAUCUCAAAAAUACAAGAUAGACCACCACACAAGAUUCCCACUGGACUUUAAAAUCACUCCACAUUUCACUUUAUAGUCCCAAUAUCAAAUCUCUCUACGUAUCGUAGCUGUUGUCUACGCUUCAACAUCGAUUUUUUUGUCCUUUUUGUUUUUUGUAAUACUUGACGUAUCUCGAUGCACUUGCAUUUAUCUUUUCAGCAGCGAAGAAAACUUUGUGCUUUACUGGAGUUUGUUGCUGUGUGUCAGUAGUUUUGAUGUCUGCUUUCUAAAGAACAAAACAAGCACUGAUCAGCACUAACAUAAAAUUACCUAUUUUGGCAAUGUGACAAUUAUUUUUCUUGCAAUAUAUUGUAUUGAAAAUAAACUAUUUAGAUGUGCAUCUUUGUUGCAUGGAUUGUCUUGGGUAAUUAAGAAAAAAAACUCUUUGGAAUUCACUCCCUAAACCCAUCCGCACCUGUUCAGACCUUUCUACAUUACAAAAAAUGUUAACUCACCUUUUUAAACUGGCUUUUAAAUUACAGUUCUUUUCUCUAUUC